CAGACAGACGCGUCACAGUUUGUCUGAUCUUUUCCAAUUUCUCCCUCUUUCGUUAAUCUCGCCAGCUAUCGAUGUCAACAAACAUGCAGGCUCAUCUGUCUGUACAGACACAACUUGCCUCGAUAAUGGACGUGCUUGCUAGAGCAGCCGUUGACGAGAUAAGUCAACUCUUUUCCGAGAGCUCGGCUGAUUUGCAGUUGGAGAUUUCUCGCAGCUACAAAGAAAACGAAGCUCUGAAAAUGAGGAUGAAGGUGAUGAAGAACGAGCUUUUCACUCUGCGACUACAAAGGGCGAGUACACCGCGGGGCAGUCGCUUUUCUUUCAGCAGAACUUUAUGCAGGCCUCGGGGGAAACUCGCAGAUAAGACACCUGAGCACCAGACAUCCAUUUACAGCAGGGAUGAUGCCCCAAUUACAAUAGGGGAAGAGGAGAUACCAUCCACAGUCAAAAAAGAGUGUGCAGAUUUGGAGAGUCCAGAUGUCAUCUUGAUAAAAGAUGAGGAGGGUCCUGACGAUGACUUUGGAGGAUGUGGGCCAGAUGCAGGUCAUGACGAUAUUUGUGGUGAGAAUGUUACCAUGGUGACACCACAGCCGGAACAUGCCACCCAGAGACUAGGUCACGAUGAGGGACCAUACAGCAUGAAUGACCCUCACGGUCAUGGUCGAGGUGAAGGAGCGCUGUGCAGCGUGACCAGUACUGAGAACUACCCUUUCUUCAGAGCCCCAGAAAUACCUCAGAGUUUGCCCUCACACUCUGGUCUGCUGCCAGACCACACAAUCAGCCAUCAGAUACAGCUGAACACUCAUUCUAUUGGGGAACCACUGCAAGGCAACCCCCAAAUGAGGGGCUUGCAGAGUGACAGAGGGAGUUUGCCGAGAGGGGAUACAGGAGGACGGGGUCUGAAAAUCGUACAGGUAGCUUCCCUAGAAACCACCCCAACGACCCCAACAACAGCCAUGGUAACAGGGGGUGUGACUGUGAGGCGCCCUAGUCUUGUAAACCAGUUCCAGCGCCACCACGUCCCCCAUGGUACCAAACCGUUGUUCUGUAGCGACUGUGGGAAGCGCUUCUCUCGCCGGCUUGACUUGAUCCGCCACCGAGCGGUCCACACAGGAGAGAAGCCUGUCGUAUGCAACCUCUGUGGGAACUCGUUUGUCAACAAGACGACACUGAGGGUCCACAUGCGUAUUCAUACAGGGGAGAAACCUUACAUGUGCUCCCUGUGUGGGAAGGGUUUCACCCAGAAUGGCAGCCUGACCAUCCAUCUGAGGACCCACUCUGGGGAGAAACCCUACAGCUGCUCCCACUGUGGAGCCUCUUUCAACAACCCCAGCAACCUGCGCAGACACAUGGUCACACACCCAGAGCAGGCAGGGACGCUGACACUCUGACACCCAAACUCACCGGUGGCCAGUGGGGCUUUAGGUUCUUUAUUUUUCUUCAGCAUUCUCUCAUUCUUGUUCUCAUUCAAUUCCAUAUAUGCUUUAUUGGCAUAAAUGGGUUGUUGCCACUGUGGCCAAAGCAAAGUAUAUGAAGUAUUACAUAAAUUAACAACGUUUUGAACAAAAAGAAUCAUAUACAGUGAACAAAAAUAUAAACGCAACAUGCAACAAUUUCAAAGAUUUUACUGAGUUAUAGUUCAUAUAAGGAAAUCAGUCAAGUGAAAUAAAUCCAUUAUGCCCUAAUCUAUGGAUUUCACA